AAAAAUAUAAAAAUAAAUAAAAAGAUUAUAGCUAGCUAAUUGAAAAGUAUAAAAUUUAAAAUGUAUAUAGUGAUAUCACUUGGCUGCCACCCUCAAAUUAAUCAUAUAAUUAAUUAGUUUUGUUUAAUUAGCAAUUUAAGCUUUUUCACCUACUUAAUACCUCCUUCCUCUAAUUUGGAGGACUGACUUUGUCUUUACCCUGCUAGUUUUUUAUAUUUUAAGAUUAUGCCAAUACCAUAUUCUUAAAUUUGAAUUCUUUCUACUUGCCUCGAAUAAUCCUUACCAAAUCCCCUACAUCUAAUAUUUAUUUUUAUUUACUCAUUUGAAGCUGUAUAUAUAUAGCCAAUAAAGCCCAAUAACAUUCUAAGCUAUGAUACACAAAUAAUUAGUAAUCAAGCAAUAUGGCUAUGAAGAAUGUUUUUCAACUUUUCCUAGUAGCAUUAUUACUUUUGUUACUAACCCUAGGCAGCAGCUCCGGACAAAGUAUUAUUUCUACUAAUUCAGGUGAGUCGUACUUGGUCUCAGAUGGCAUCUCAUCAAGUGGCCGGAAACCGAGUUUGAUCUCUCUAAACCGGUUUUCGCAGUCUAAUAACUGCCACGAGUCGUAUGGAUUCCUACCAUGCACCACCACUGUGCUAGGGAACAUCUUCCUGAUUGUGGUGUAUGGCUACUUCAUGUUCCUUUCGGCUAAGUUGUUGUCCCAUGGAAGUGAGUUCUUGCUUCAGAUUCUUGGACCUGGUAUCAUUGGUGGUUUCCUUCUUCCUAUUUUGGGAGCCUUUCCUGAUGCUAUGAUUAUACUUGCCUCUGGACUAUCUGGUGAUAAAGAAACUGCACAAAGGCAAGUCUCGGUUGGGAUGGGACUCUUAGCUGGCUCAAAUGUUAUGCUUCUAACAGUUCUCUGGGGUUCCUGUCUUAUAUUUGGCAAGUGUGACCUCGAAAAUUCUAAGGCACUUGAUCACAAAGACACAAAAGGAUUCAACUUAACUGAAUCCGGAGUGAGUACUGAUAUAUGGACCAGCUAUGCUGCCCUGACUAUGGUUUUAUCUAUUGUUCCAUUCAUAAUAGUCCAGCUACCACUAGUCUUCAAAGCAACUUCUUUUAGUCGCUUAUCAGUUUUGAUUUCAUUAAUCGUUUCCAUUUCCUUGUUUAUUGGAUACAGUCUCUAUCAGAUCUUUCAGCCUUGGAUUCAGAAAAGAAAGCUCGCUUAUGCAAAGCAUAAGCAUGUUAUGUCAGGUCUUCUUAAGUACUUGAGAAUGAAUUCAUUUGGGAAGCUUUUUACAGAGGAUGGUGAACCUAACAAAGAUGUUCUAAAAAAGUUAUUUAAGACAGUUGAUCAGAAUUUGGAUGGAAGCUUAUCAAUGAAUGAAGUUCGAGCUUUAAUCAUUGGAUUCCAACUUGAAGAGGAAGAUAUGAACAUUGAUGAUGCUGUUUCUCAAGUGAUGAAUGAUUUUGAUACAUCUCGUGACACACAAAUUGAUGAGAGUGAAUUUGUUAAAGGAUUCACAAGAUGGCUUAACAAGAUUAAGCGUGCUGCAAUAAUGCACCAAGGAAGGGCUUUCCAAUCUCUUAGACUCUUGAAUGAUUUUGAUAUGGAAACAAGGAAAGAAGCAGAUCUUUAUGAGGAUCGGAUUGAUGAGACCGUGGAGAAAGUUGAAAAUCCCAAGUGUCAAAUAACCAAAGCAGUUCUCAUGCUGAUUCUUGGAGCUGCAGUUGCUGCUGCUUCUGCAGAUCCCCUGGUGGAUGCUGUCGAGAAUUUCUCGACAGCAACAGACAUUGCGCCCUUCUUUGUGUCCUUUGUCAUUCUUCCUUUUGCUAGAUCCAGUGAGAUAGUAUCCACUCUGAUAGCUGUCAGCCAGAAAAGAUUGAGAACUACAUCUUUGGCAUAUUCAGAGAUAUAUGGGUCUGUGAUCAUGAGUAACAUCCUAACAGUGGGAGUGUUCAUGGGGCUUGUUUACAUCCGCAGCCUGACAUGGGACUUUGCAUCUGAAGUGCUAGUUAUUUUGAUUGUGUGCAGUGUCAUGGGAAUCAUUGCCGGAUUGCGCACCACCUUUCCUCUUUGGAUGUCUUUGUUGGCCAUUUUGCUAUAUCCAUUUUCUCUUUUGCUCGUCUACAUCUUAAACUACGUAUUUGGCUGGUCUUAGCUAAACAAAUCAGACCAUAUACCCUUAUAGCUUCAAUAUAUAGUUUUUACAUCAUUUUAUAUAGAUAUAUAGCAUCAUUUUUAUAGCCUUCUGAUUUUUAAUUUAAUUGUAAUAAUUUCUUUAGUUAGGAAGGGGUAUCCCAUGUAAAAAAAUUAUUAACUUUUAGUUAUGAUGGGGUUUCUUUAGUUUC